AUGAUGAAGUACAUCAAAGAUAAAGUGGAUUACAUCGCCGAACGAUCCACAGGUACUCGGAUUGUAGUAACUUUCAAAAUUUGUUCAAUUUAUGAAAUUUUUAUUGAUGCUGUUUGAGAAACGUUACCGUUAUAGACUGGAGUUUCUUUAAGCUGUUGACGUUCUGAAAAAGCUCGAAGUCUCUUUUUCUUUGAAUUCGUGAACUUCUUAAAUCGGACCCUUCUCGAAAAAAUGCCUCCCUGAAAAAAAAUUUUUCCUUCACGGGAAAUCUGACUUGUUUACGGUUAUUGACCCAACUGCUAUGGAUCUUGCUUGAGGAACACAGAUUGACCACCAGAAAUUAUCAAAAUUUACAGUGACAGUUAAACUUUUUCAACUAAAUUACUUUCGAAUGCCCGAAAGUCACAGCGCCCCUGAGUGUUCCCUGACUUUUUCCCUCCCUUACUAGCUUCACCUACAAGCACACCUGAUCGAAGAUCUACAGAUGUGUGACUUUUCUGUCUAUUAACAGUAAUUUACCACUUCCCUCUUCUUAGAUCAGAGAGGGUCGGCCUGUCCAGACGGUUGGGUGCGCCAUGGAAAUUCCUGUUUCCUCAUCAUCGACACUCCAACCUUGGAAUGGAAAGACGCCAGACGAAACUGCCAAAGGUUCGGCGGAGACCUCGCAAAGAUCACAUCGAGCGCAGAGAAUCAGUUCAUCUUCGGGCUCCUCCUCAAGCAGAAAAAAGUAACCCUAUUUGGUGUAUGGCUUGGUCUCCAUCGUAAGGCAGACAAUAAGUUCUACUGGGCAGAUGACACUCUACUAACUGGCUACAAUGCUUGGUUUACAGGUGAACCAAAUUCGCUCUCAGAGAAAUGUGGUCACAUGUGGGGACUGGUUUCCAGGAAAGGAAGAUGGAAUGAUAUUACCUGUACUACUGACAUUUCACGGCACACCAAAGAUGCCCCUGUGAUUCUUUGUCACUAG